CAUAGAGCUGCAGACUCGGGAGCUGAACAGCCAGAUCCGGUCAGGGGUGUACGCCCACCUGGCUGCUUUCUUCCCAUGCAGUAAGGACACUCUGGUCAAGCGUGCCCGUAAGCUUUAUCUCUACGAGCAGGGUGGCCGCUUGAAGGAACCUCUACAGAAGCUAAAGGAAGCCAUUGGAAGGGCCAUGCCAGAGCAGAUGGCCAAGUACCAGGAGGAAUGCCAAGCCCAUACUCAGGCCAAGUUUGCCAAGAUGCUGGAAGAGGAAAAGGACAAAGAGCAGCGAGAUCGAGUUUGUUCUGAUGAUGAUGAGGAUGAAGAAAAGGGAGGGAAGCGUGUCAUGGGACCGCGAAAGAAAUUUCAAUGGAAUGAUGAAAUCAGGGAGCUGCUUUGCCACUUGGUGAAGAUUAAGUUGGAUGGUUAUGACCUUGACAAGAAUAAGGCUCAGUCCCUAGAGGAUUAUGUGAAGACCUUCCUAGAUGGAGAGGUGAAGCCCCUUUGGCCAAAAGGCUGGAUGCAGGCCAGGACACUGUUUAAGGAGAGCAGGCGUGUACACGGACACCUCACAUCAGUCCUGGCGAAGAAGAAAGUUAUAGCUCCUACUAAGGUGAAAGUGAAGGAAUCUUCCUGCAAGCCUGAUAAAAAGAUGUCCGUUUCUGUUCCUUCGAUGCACUCAAGCAGCACCUUAGCUUUGUCUUCAGAGCCCCAGGGCGGAGCUCUGGGCAUCAGUGCCCAAACCAGAGAACUCUUGUCCCUUGGGACAGCCCAAGCAGCCAGCAGCACUGGCACUCCUGCUACCUUCAUGGAUGACUCCUUGGAUGAGGACUUAAUUCAUAAUCCCACUUCCUCCCUUGAAGCAGUCUCUAAGGAACUGGCUGUGCUGAACAGCAGAGCGGGAGGGAGCCCUGACUUUACUCUUCCUGGAGCUCCAAAAGCUCCAUCAGAGAAGACCCCAACUCUUGCAUCCUCAGAGGAGAAGAGGACAUUUCCAAAGUCCAACCCUUCCCCUACAUCAUCCUCUGGUUCCCUUCAGUCUCCUCUAAAUUUCUUGGCUGAGCAGGCCCUGGCAUUGGGCCAGUCUUCUCAAGACAAAAAGACAGAGAACUCUAAUUACAAAGAGCUCUCCUGCCAAGCCUCCCCCAGCAAAAUCCUUCCUGAUGCACACCAGACUAAACAGAAACACCACAGCCUGGUCCGGCCAAGCCAUGGGCCUCAGACCUCCACCCCAGUGCCAGGUUCUCAGGUGAAGGUCUUUCACUCAGGCAGCCAGCUACAGAAAACUUUCACCUCCCCAGCUCCAUUUGUCAAACUGCAGAAUCCCAAGUCCUCCUCCCCACUGCCCCAACGGUCCCUCCUCCAGCAGGUCAAGUCAUCAACCAAAGCUCAGAGCUUCCAUUCCUCUGCAUCAUCAGGCAGCACCCAAAACUCCAGCAGCUCCCACAAGAGCCCAGGCUCAUCCUCAUCAUCUCUCAGCUACACAGGAAAGCACUCAAGUGGCUCUAGCUCUUCAGGACAAUCUUACAAAUCACCCUUUGUUUCUGGUACCCUCUCCAAGCAUGGGGCUUCUUCCAGCAGCUCCUCAUCCGGAGCUUCUGCAAACCAGGGCUGCUCCUCUGGGAGCUUGCUGCCCAGCGUGCAGACCCCUUCCUCGGGCCAGGCGUCCAGCCGCCCAUCCUCAAGCUCCUCAGUGAAGAAGACGCCUGUUUCGCAGAAGCUGACUCUGGUGGCACCUCCUGGAGGUUCAAAUGGAGAUUCUAGUGGGGGCACUCAAGGGGUGGCCAAAUUGCUGACCUCCUCUCUAAAGCCAGCUGUUGUUAGCAGCACCGCAUCUUCUACCUCUGUGCCGAAAGGAACUAGUGGAGCUGUGCUGCUAACGAGUUCUUCCUCCUUAAGUGUACUGGCUCCAUCCUACAAGUCCAGCAAUCCAAAGCUGCCAGCUGCCCUGAGCUCCACCCCGUUAGGUAUUAUCUCUCCUAUUCAUUCCUUCCCUCUUCAUGUCAUCUCCUUCAGUUCAGACUCCUCCCCAAAAGCAGGAGUAUCAAAGGAUGCAAUAGUUACAGGACCUGCUCCAGGAACUUUCCACCAUGGCCUUGGCCACAAUGCUUCUCAGCUUCACGGCAAAGGGUCCAAUGCACAGCAGCGCAAGUUGUGACGUCUGCAAGGAGGGGAGCUAGAACACACAUAGGAUAAAACCAAGAUGAACAGGUCAUGAACUUUGGAUACCGGCUGUGUCUUUUUUUCUUUUUUUUCCCUUUUUUCCUCACAACAACUGGAGAGACUGAACCGCAAUGAGGAACUCAUUGGUGCGUUUGCUCAGAGGUUUUUGGAGCUAAGCCCCACACAGAGGGCCACCUUGAGCCAUGCCCUAAUGAGAGAAGCAUUUUGUAGCACUGUUUUAUUGCUGCUGCCCUUCACGCAUUCCCUGGCACUGGCAGGAGCUAGAACUUGCAGGGAGACUUGGGUGGAUUGGCUUUCUUGCAGUGGAUUCCCACCCACCUCUGUCUAUAUCUGCCAAGUACCUUCAAGUCCAGGUACCUCCUUGGUCUCCCAGUGGAGGGUAUGAAAGGUGCUUCUUUCUUCUGCUUUGGAUUUACUUGGAUAAUUCUAGCACUGCCAGUGCUUUCUGAAGAUGUUUGACUAACUUUUCAAUUGUACUAUAUAACUGCUACAGUUAAUUGGAGGACUUAACAUUUCCUGUGUGGUGAAUCUAACGAACCACCUGAUGUUCCCCUCUGGAGGAGAAGGAAGACUCUUUAGAGAGACAUUUUAGAUGCAGUCAUUGACUUUGAGAAUUCUACUUCUUUUGGGUUUUGGAUUUUUUUUUUUCCUCCAAAGGGAUGCUUUUUUCCUGCUCAGUUUUAUCCUUAUUACCAUCGAAUGCAUUGGAUUGAAUGGGACACUUCUCAGCAUGUCACAUGUAUAGGAAGACAUAAUUCCAGUGCCUUUUAUGGUGGAGCAAGAAUGGACUAGUGACACACAUUUCAGCCCUAUUUUGUGUGCUCCUCAACCCUUUUUUAAUCAUUCUGUAUUUAAAAUGUAUUCUGUUUUAUUUAAUAGAGCUUUUUAUGGUUGCACAUCAAAAAAAAGC